AUGGCCAUGCAUCGCGAGUCUUGGGCUUUUGUGUUCGGUCUUUUGGGCAACAUCAUCUCCUUCGGAGUGUUCCUUGCUCCAUUGCCAACCUUUUACCAAAUCUACAGGAAGAAAUCCACUGCAGGGUUUCAGUCACUACCUUAUGUUGUUGCACUGUUCAGUGCAAUGCUUUGGAUUUACUAUGCAUUCGUGAAAAGGGAAGCUGCUCUCCUUCUCAUUACCAUUAACACGUUUGGAAUUGUUGUGGAAUCAAUUUACCUUGCAAUCUUCCUUUGUUAUGCCCCAAGGAAGCCUAGGCUUACAACCAUCAAGCUUCUUCUCUUGCUGAAUGUGUUUGGCUUCGGAGCCAUGCUUCUAUCAACUCUCUACCUGUCAAAGGGAGCGAAGCGUCUCGCUAUCAUAGGAUGGAUUUGCCUUGUUUUCAACAUCAGUGUCUUUGCUGCACCUCUCUUCAUUAUUAGGCGAGUCAUUAAGACAAGGAGCGUGGAAUACAUGCCAUUUACUUUGUCCAUGUUUUUAACCAUCAAUGCUGUUAUGUGGUUCUUCUAUGGCCUUCUCCUCAGGGAUUAUUACGUUGCUCUCCCAAACACACUCGGGUUUCUCUUCGGCAUAAUUCAGAUGGUGAUGUAUUUGAUCUACAGAAACGCCACCCCAGUGGCACUGGAGGAGCCAGUGAAGGCUCAAGAAUUGAAUGGCCACAUCAUUGACGUUGUGAAGAUGGGAGACCCGAACCAUGCAGCUACUGGUCAUGGUGGUGUUGGCAAAGUCUGA